UUAAGUCGAUGGAAACCUGUCAAAUUGCGCUUAUCUCACUUUCCCUACCCGAGAGUGCAUCUCCGAGUGUCAUUUAUCUUUGUUUCGUAUCUGGUGGCUGAUAAGGAUAAAGUAUAUCCCGGGUGAGGAAUCGGAACAUAGUAGCCUAGACUGCUUUCGGAGUAGUGAAACCAGCCAGCGGCUGUAUCAGUCGAGAGAGUCGUAAGUCGUAAGACAGUACAAAUGGGAUGACUGUUUUCUGGCUUCUUUCUGGUGUUGCGUAAUGAAACCAAACGUGUCAUGCAGGGUUAUGUUUAUACUUUUCUAACCUCAAAUGCAUUGUUCGACCGUGCGUAUGUUCAAAUACGUCAACAAUAAUUUACAAAAUUUGAGAAAACUCUCUAUGUUUCUACAUAAAGAUAUCAUAUUGUAAAAAUUGCAUUUGCAAUUUUUAUUCAAAAAAUGAGCGAUUCCGACGAGGAUAAUUACGCGACGUUCGGUGUUCCUCUGGAUCCUUUAGACGAAGAGAAUAUUCCACGAAAGAAACCUGUCACAAUUGAGGAUCAAUAUGCCUACGACGCUCAAGGUAGACGUAGGUUUCACGGAGCGUUUACAGGUGGCUUUUCGGCAGGAUACUUCAACACUGUUGGCACUCGCGAUGGCUGGAGGCCACAGCAAUUCACAUCUUCCAGAAGCAGCAAGGCAGACUCUAUUGUUCAACGGCCUGAAGACUUUAUGGAUGAAGAAGAUACAAGUCUCUUUGGAAUUGCUCCUAAAGGAAUUCGAGCUACUAGUGAUUAUGCUGAUCAUGAAGAGAGAGGAAAGAAGAGAGAGAGAAUAAGUCAAGAUAAUAACGGUCCUAUUCCUGGUACUCCUGUUCUAAAAGAACUUCUAAAACCUGUCAAAGAAACCAUUGGUAUUGUUUUACUCAAAAAGAUGGGUUGGAAACCUGGCCAGGGUGUAGGUUCUAGACUCACAAAGAAAGAAAAGCGUAAGAUAAGACAACGCAAUGAAAAAUUAAAACUGGCGCAAGAGAAUUCUGAAGUGAUGGCAAGCAAUUCUGAAGACUCGGAUGAUGAUUCUACCAAUAUUACUUUUGCACCUGAUGACUACGAACCGUUUACUUGCAAACCAAAAGACAAUUAUUUUGGUAUCGGCUAUUCGGGUUUAGAUAGACGAAAAAUUCUUUCCAGUCAUAUUAAUUUAUUUGACACUCCGGCAUUUUGCAUACAAGAUAAAAACAAGAAAUUGUCCAUUCGUGGUCAGGCGUUCGGAGUUGGCGCAUUCGAAGCCGAUGAUGAAAACAUAUAUGAGAAAGAAGAUAUGUCGCGUUACGACUUUGCUUUGGGUCCCGAGCGUAAGACGAAGACGAGAUGGUCUCAGGAUGGUGGUUCGAGUAGUUCGCAACCCAAUUGCCUGGAAGGUUUUGUUCGCGCGAAAGAGAGAUUAGAGAGUAAGAAAGUUUUCAAACCGCCUGAAUUGCCGAAAGAUUUUACGCCGAUGCAUGUUGUUCGAAAAAGCAGAUUCUAUCCGCCUAUCGCAGCUCCAAUGGAAACUAACAAACGAAGGGAACCAUUAAAUGCAAUGGAUAGAGCGCGGAUUUUAGAAGAUCCCAACGAUCAUUCGAACAAGCCGCCAUCAACUAUGUCCGUUGCUUCAAAUAUCAUUUCGAAAACGUUGAAUUUGCACGGCAAACAACAAGUUGAAGAAAGAAAAAAAUUACAGAGUCAACAGUCGGCGACGAGCAACUCUUGGCUGGAUAAAUUAAAUGCGCAAAACUUUAUUAAAGGCGGUGUCGUCGGUUCUGAACAGAGCGGUAGUUUGAAGACAUUAGAAAGUUUCAAAGAAUCUGUUUCCGCGGUUGAGCAAUCGGACACGGAUAAAUCGGUGAGGAAUGACGAUUUGUCGAGUAAAAGCGAAACAAAUAAAUUAUUUUUGUCUGAUCCGGAUAAACAAAAACGGUUUGAGCAGUAUCUCACCUUUUUGAAGAACGACGAAAGCAACAAGCUCGAGUCCAUUCAACCACUUUCAAUGACCGAAUGGGAUAGAGAUCAAGAACGAACGGAAUUUGAACAAGCGGCGAAACUCGCACGGUCAAAUAACUACAUGGCAGAUACGUUUGUACAUAGCGCCGAUUCUGUGGAUAAAGCGGAUCCGGAAAAAGAUAAGAAAGAAGCGGUGAGAUUGAAGAUGUUCGGCAAGCUUACGCGAAAACGAAGCGAAUGGAAACCGGCGAGUAUAGUUUGCAAGAGAUUUAAUAUUCCCGAACCGAAAGUCGGUUGUGCCACAGUCGAGACGGAACGGAAAUCGGCGAAAUUCUCCGUCUUCGAUUCUCUGGACUGGUGCAACUCGUCCAAGUUUACGAAAGCCACGGAUAAGACGCAGAUCGAAGAAAUCCCGCAAACGUCGAAGAAAUCGGAAGAAAAUACAAACAAAGAGAUUCCCAAUGCUUACACUGAUGGUAUUCCUAACGUCUAUCAAAUCUCCGAACCUGUUUCCGAGAAAUUUAGGAUAUUCGAAGUUUCUUACGAGAAAGUUUUUGGAAAGGGCAUUCAGAGUACUUCUUCUGUAAUGUCAAAAGAUAUUGUACAAGAUGUUGGCGAUGAUAACGAAUUAAAGAAUGAGAGAGACCAGGAAGCGGAAAACAAACAAGCGACUUCCAAAGAGCCAGAGAGUGCGUUAAAAGAUCAAUCGGAAGAGAAGAAGGAUUUGUUCAAGGCGAUUUUUUUGAGCAGCAGUGAGGAUUCUGACAGCGAAUCGGAAGAAAAAGUCGACAGCGAAACGUUAAAAUCGGUUUUAAUCGGCAUUAAAGAUCCAAAAGAGAUCAAUACGCAGCGAAACACGUCACCACCACGAGGUAUCUUUGCAAAGGUGGAUCUUGACAGUUUGGUAACGCAACCGAAACGCGUCAACGAUGAAAAUAAUACGUCCAAGAUUUCGGAAACCAAUUUGUCAACAAGCGACAGUUCGUCACAGAAUGUUGCAACGAAUUGUGAAAACAAUGACAACACCACCGCAAUACCACCGGAUAUGUACGGUCCGGUUCUGCCGGAAAGAUUGUUGAAACAGGACAGCGUUGCGACCACGACAGAAGAACCUGGCGGUACGAAUCAGUCGCUAAAACCGAUAUUCCGUAGUAUUGUAGUGUCGAAGAUUACGGAGGAUACGAGGCUGGGUGGAAAAUGGGUUGAGCGAGACAUAACGAAGAAGUCGAAGAAAGAAAAGAAGAAGCACAAACACAAGGAUCGCAAAAGUCCGAAACACAAAAAAAAGUCGAAGAAGGAGAAACGUUCGAAACAUUAAUCUCUUAAUUUGUAAUUCAAACGUUAUUGCGUGUACAUGAAUUUAUAAUCCGUGUAAUUAAAAUAUUUAAUGCAAUUGUAAUGUAAUGCUUGUGAAAAAAAUAAUGUAAGUGUGUACAUAAAGACGCGUUCGAGAGAUCGAGAGUAUAUAUCUAUUCCGCAUAUCAUUUAAACACUUGUUUUUUUUUUUUUUUUUUUCAAAGUUACGAUAUGUAGAUUGAUAGUGCACGAAUUUUCACUUUUGAUUUACUCUUGAUGAGAAUAAAAGUUAUGAUUAUAAAAAUCUUUAUUUACAGUAAGAGCUCGAUUGAAAUCUGUCGAUUCUCUCGUAACUACUAGAAUAUCGGAAACUUCGUUUGUAAUAUGCGAAGAAGAAACCUUCGUAUAAAAGUUGUCCUUAAAUCGAGCUUUUACCGUAAUGGAACUCAAAUAAAUUGAUUUUCAUUUUCAUUAAAAUGAAGUUUGUACAUAUUUUACGCAAUAUUUUUUUCAACAGUUGUGUUUAUUGCACGUAAUAUGCUUUUACACACAUUCAUAUGAUCACGCACGAGUUGUUUUCGACUUUGUGCGCUUUUUUUUGUGAAAAAAAUGCGUGAGCGAAUGCAUUAAAUAGGAGAAGGGAGGGGGGGAAACUACUUUCAGAGUGUGAAUAUUACAAUGCAAAUCGUGAUCUAAAGUUUUUGGUCAAUCCAUUGUGUGUGGUACGCGGGGAUACACACAUGUAUAUGUAUUAUAAUCUACUCUGCGAAAAUAUGUUUAAAUGUAUGUUUAAACGUAACAUAUUUUGGCGUUAACCGCAAUGCACGUUCUGCAUAAUUUCACAUGUGCGCAGUUUCGUGUGGUGUGAUGAAUGAGAAUCUCUUGCCGCCAACGUUUGUAUAUAUUCUCUUUUACAUACGUAUUUAAGUGCGAAUUUUUGAGCAGUCCGCCUUUUUACAGU